AGUUGCGAGCCCGAAACAAACGGAAUUAUUAAAUAACCAAGAUUCUUCAUUUCAUUGUUUAUGAAAGAUUAUGAAAGAUAAAAAUUUGUUGGUUGCAGUUACGUGAUUAUAUCAUUAUCAACCCUACGAUGGCCUUUUAUUCAAAUAAUGUGACGAAGGGUUUCUAGACAUAAAAACGAAUCACAGUGGAUACUGCAAAUGUUGAAUAUUUCAAUUAACUUUUAUUAAAUAUUGAUGACUAAAUGGCUUCUACGAACGAUUUUGGUCCUGAUUCUGGUGGCAGAGUAAAAGGCAUUACCAUAGUUAAACCGAUAGUAUAUGGCAAUGUGGCUCGCUAUUUUGGUAAGAAACGAGAGGAAGACGGGCACACGCAUCAGUGGACUGUUUACGUAAAGCCGUACUUAAAUGAGGAUAUGUCGACGUAUGUGAAGAAAGUCCAUUUCAAACUGCACGAAAGUUACAACAAUCCAAAUAGAAUAGUUACAAAGCCACCUUAUGAACUAACGGAAACCGGUUGGGGAGAAUUUGAGAUCGUCGUCAAGAUAUAUUUUCACGAUCCUAAUGAGAGAUCAGUCACAAUCUAUCAUAUUUUAAAGUUAUUUCAAUCUACACCUGAAAUUCAGCUUGGCAAGAAAAGUUUGGUUUCCGAAUUUUACGAGGAAAUUGUUUUUCAAGACCCAACAGCAUAUAUGCAACAUUUAUUGAGUUCUACGAGGCCUAUAACUCUAGGUGCUUGGAGACACGAUACCGAUUUCGAGGUAAAAAAAGAUGCAACCCUAAAUGCAAUAAUGGAGGCAAGGAAUAGAAUACGGUACGAGGUAAUAGAUCUUAAGGAAAAGCUGACUCUAGCCAAAGAGACAAUCGCUAAAUUUAAGGAAGAGAUUGCUAAGAUAUCUAAAACUGGUGGUUGCUUACCAGUAACUUAAAGACAUUGUGGCUUCUAUAAAUGUAUGUACAUGUUUUCAUCCUGUGAAUUAAGAGAAACACCGUGCUGCAGUAUUUUUCUCAGCAUAGAAUUAAAUUUAUAUUUCUCUUAACAUGGAUAAACUUUUUCAAUCAAUGUAUAAAAUAUAAAAACAAGAGAUAUUAAGUAAUUUGUACAAGGCAUAAGCA